AUGUCGUUCAGAAAAGGUUUAGUCGAGAUUUGGGAGGACAUGAUGUCCUACCGUACCCUCAAGGUGGUGAAGAUCAGCGACAAGAGGCUGGCGUACGUGCACAAGAGUCUCAUGGCGUCCAUCCUCGUCUACGCCACCAUCACCAUGGUUGGCGCGCACACAUACAUGCUCAAGGAGAAGCCGAGGCUCUACGUGACCACGACGGUGGACGACACGAAUCGGCUAAGUAAUUGGACGCUAGAUAGUACGUCGGGGCCGAGGGGGUACUGUAACUCGGCGUACACGUCGUUCCCCGGCGACGAGUUCGUGCCCGAGCCGGCGUACCCGCAAACGCGGUGCGCGAGUUACAUCAGCACCGCGCAGAUGGUCUCGGUGACGGACCAGGGCGCGUUCAUCGGAACGCACAUGCGACAACAGGCGUGGAAACGCACGUGCACGGACGAGACGACGAAGCUGGACUGCGUGGUGGAGAACAAGGACGAGAACGGCGCCGCGGUUGACGCGGAGGACCACUUCGCGGCGGACAUUGAGAACAUCGUGCUGAAGCUCCAGCCCAUCUACGUCACGUCCUGGGGGGUGUCCGAACCGGCGCACAGGAUCACGGUGGUGAACGCCGCGGGGCAGGAAGUCAAGGAGUUCGAAAGGUACGGCACCGACUCCACCAGCCAGUGGCCGACUUUCACGUUGAAGGAACUCCUAAAGCUGGCGGAGAUGGACAUCGACGCGCAGAAUCCGAUCAUCGUCUCCAAAAAUUUCAAAGGGUUGGACGCGGAGACUGGGCAGCCGCGGCUGCCGCUGUACCGGCUCACCGGCCUGCGCAUCGCCGUGGACUUCACGUUCAGCAACUUCAGGCCGAUGGGGCAGAUGAAACCCUUCGACUUCACCCCGUUGGCCGUCAUGACCGUCAAGGCGACCAGCGUCGGGUCGUUUGUCACGCCGCGAGAGUCCACCAUCUACUCGGGCACCACCAGUAACUUCGACUCGCAGGGCACCACGUUAUCGAUCCGCGGCGUGAAGAUCGAGUACCAGGCGAAGGGCCUGAUGGGUAAGGCGGAUGGGUACACCGGCAUGAUGGCGCUCAUGUCUUGCCUCGUCAUGGUGGGCGUGGCGACGGCGAUUGUGGACGUCAUCGGCGCCUUCAUCUACGACUCGUUCAAGGAUGACAAGAUCGAGGACGACUCCGAGCGUCAGCACCUGGAGCACAUGAUCCUCAACAUCGAAACUUCGGGCGUGCCCUUCAAGAACGACGACUUCGAGUUCGAGCCGGGCACGAGCGUCAAGAAACAGAUCGACGAGUUGACGAGGGACAUCCAGCGGCAGGCGACGCUGCUGCACCACAUGUCCGGGGAGCUCGCGGCGGCGGGUCUCAACAGCCACACCAUGCACAUGGCGGACCUCGGCGAGGGGGUGCAGAGCGCGAGGUAUGAGUGCGUCCUCAAGGGACCCAACGGCGAGGACAUCUUCCUCACCGGCGGACCGCAGACGGUGGGACGCGGGCACGGCGGCACGCAGUCCAAGCGCAUCUCGCACAAGCAGAUCAGCGUCGUCGCCAACACGCACAACGGCAUGGCGCGAGUGCAGGGUUUACCGACCAAGAACAUCUCCGGCGUGGCGCUCGGCGGCGGACCGUGGCAGCCGCUCGGUCCCGAGGCGAGCGUGGACCUGAAGAACGGGGACAUGAUCGCGCUGCUCAUGGACGAGGGCGCGGAUGAGGCGGAGACCACCGUCGACGGCGUGUUCAGGUUUCAGGCGACGUACGUCGAGGACAAGCAGCAGGGGGGCUCGUGGUUCGGGUGGUGAUGA